AUGAUAUUCACAAUCAGGCAGCAUUCACAAAUCGCAAAGUUAUUCAUCUCAUUCAGUAUGAAGUGUCUCCUCGCAAUCACUGGCUUUGCAGCCCUCGCGAUAGCAACACCAGCUCUGCCACGGGCACCAACGCCAACAGGUCAAGUCCCCUCUCCACCAACAUACGAGGCUCUGCUGGAGCAUACUGGCGGCUGCCAGAAUGUAUCUGAGCCAAUGGGAGGCUACGCGACGGCCAUUCAAGUGGAGCGUCAGGUUGUGGAGAACUGCAAAGUAACACUGUAUUCCAGCAAGGACUGCGAUCUUGCCAGUGAAGCCGUCGUUGCGAUUCCCGGGCCGAGGGUUUGCGUUCCUGCCGAACAGGGCAGAUCUUGGAAGAGUUAUUCGAUCAGAGAAUGCUCGGAUUGAGAAGGACUUUUUUCUUCGUGG